ANUAAUAGAAGGAAUUGUUAUGUUGUUUUUUAACUUUGUUUUGUUUAUGCCUAAAUACAAUAAAUGUUUUUGACUCACUUUUCUAUAUGAACUACCCCUUAUUUCUUUAUAGCAAUAAAACGAUUGAGUACAAUAGAAGCUUAUAAUAAAUAAUUUUAAUGAAUAUCACAAUUAUUUAACUGACUGGUAAUUUUCUAUUUAAGUUUAAAAAAUGGAAAAUAAAGUCAAGAUAUGGACGAAGAAAGAAAGCGCCUGUUUUAUAUUCCUGGAGAUUUUACUCCUGCGCGGUAUCAACAUCAUUCUCGUGAACUAUUACUUCAACAAUAUUUAAACCCAAAGUAUGAAGAACGUAAACGAGCGGGCUUCCCGACUUUAGCGGACGGUUUUUCCAAAGAACCAGACAAAAGUAAUAUUUACGAAUACAAACCUGUUGAUGAAGUUGAUUUGGAUAAAGACAAGGAUAUGUGGAGCGAAAAGUGUCAUUAUAAAAGUAUUUACAUCCCAAAAAAAACAGAAUGUGUAUGUAAUCCUAAAGAAACUAAAAAAGAGCGCAAUAUGUGUAGCAAACUGAAGCGCAUACCUUCAACAGUUAUUAAUGCAAUGAAAAAUUUUGAACUGGCUAAGAGACUGCAUAAGGAAAAUUUAGAGCAUCAUCCAUUACCGGAAGUAAUCACAGACGCCAUGUAUCAGAAAUUGCAAUAUCAACGUGCUAAGGAGCCAGGCCUUGCUCUUAAAGAUGAAAAGUUUGCAUCAGCAGUUGCUUGGAAAGAAUAUGGAGGAUAUGCACCAACAAGAUGCUCCAAACUUAAAAUUUAUAGACCAAAAACAGGCGUUGAGAAACGAGUUAUAGAAAACAUCAAUGAAGGACCCUGCAGUGUAAGCAGUUUUGAUAAAAGAUGGAGAUUUAUACGCAAAACAAAAGUGACGCCUAUGGAUCUUGCCAUUUGUUGGGACAUGCUACCUGUUAAUCCUUGGGAUGAACCCAAAAGGGACAUGCACAUAGAUGGGUCUAAUGGUUCGUCAGCUCCCGCUGUAUUUCAGUUAGUACAGAAUCCUCAAUACAAACCUUCUAGAUCAACUAACAAUAAAGGACUUUGUUGCCAAGAAAGAAGACCAUAUACAGCAAUUGUCCCUUCUGCUAAAGUUCAGGAAGAUGUUCCGCGGGUCCAUAGUGCAUAUUAUGAACGUGAAGAACGAAGGUACCAAAGUUGUCCUUGUCUUGGUAAGUGCCAAGGUGUGGGGCAUGCCAACUCAAAAAUCUAAGAAAAGGAGAAAAAAAACAAUCGGAGUAUAAAAUGGCUUUUAAAGCUGGAGUUCCCAAUAACCACAGACCCAACACUGCCAAAUUAAU